AAAAGCAGAGGGAGUGAGCAGUGUGAGCCCAGAUUAUAAUCAAGCCAGGAAUAAAGGGAAUACCAUCAUAUUCUCUCCUUGUUUUAGCUGUGUGGAAAAAGCAGGGCUACACUACACUGUGGAGAGAACCUGGGUGAAAAGACAGAGAAGAAAAAAAAAAGGUGGAGCAAGAGAGCAGCAUUCUCAGAGGACAUUGUCACAUAAGAGGAGGAUAUGUGCUUGAGCAUGUGGGUUACCAACACAUUAGUGCCACAGCACUGAGAUGUGUGAAGUAACCCUCAGCAUCACAGGCUCACAGCUGACCAUGCAGAGGACUAAAAGUGAGAGGAGGUCCUGCUGAACACCAUGGCCCAGGCUAAAAGACGGAACGAUGGGAUUGUGUCAUCUGACAAAAGCAACCUGCUGCCAUCAGCUGAGGUGGAGGCCAAGUCAUCACAGGGCCCACGGACCAUUGUUCUCCAAAAGAACUCCCAAGGUUUCGGCUUCACUUUGCGCCACUUCAUUGUGUACCCACCAGAGUCGACCCUCCAUAGCCUCAAGGAUGAAGAAAACGGUAAUUUACCAGGAAAAGGGAAGGAUUAUGAGCUGGACCCAGGACUGGAAACACAGCACUGUAUGGACAGGAGAUCUGUGGAGUGUCAGCGACCUUGCCUGGAGCCAAUGGACACCAUUUUUGUGAAGAGUGUGAAAGAAAAUGGCCCUGCUCAACAAGCUGGACUCUGUACUGGAGACCGACUGGUGAAGGUUAAUGGGGAGAGCAUUCUGGGGAAAACCUACUCUCAGGUCAUCACGCUCAUCCAAAACAGUGAAAACCUUUUGGAGCUCACUAUUAUGCCAAAAGAUGAGGAUGUGUUGCAGUUGGUAAGUGUGUACUCCCAGAAUUUCAACUCGAAAGGCAGUAAGCAGUACUCAGGUGAGGCCCCUAAUCUCCCAGAACCUCCGCGUCUCUUUCACUCGGCCUCCACUGCGUGUUCUACUCUGCAACAGCCCACUUCCAGCCCUCCAGGUCCUUUGGACAACUGGCCGCGUAGAGGCAGCAGUACCAUCUCACCACUGAACAACCAAACCCCUGCUACUUCCACCUCCAGCCGACCACAAGCUUCAGAUGCUUCCAGCAGUCACUUUGCUCCACCAUGGCGACACCAAGACCAGGACUGUGCUUCUGCAGCACUCAAUGCGUUUGACUUCCAUUUUGCUAACCACAAUGCUGCCAUCACCUCUGCAACACUGCCUCCACCUCGGAGGAGCAACCUGCUGGUCUCUUCCCGCGCUAACAGCAAUGCACUCUGCCACCAGGCUCUGUCAGACUGGUACUACAGCCAAGCAGAAGCGGCAGACCACAUUUACCCCCACCAUCGCAGUAUAUCUCAGGACUAUUUAGUCGAGCCGGAGCUGGGUUCAGCACCCAGUCCCCGCUUUACAUCUGGCCCUACAACCUCUGCAGAGCACAACAGAAGAGAAACCUUCCUCCAUCAUCACCGAGCAGCGGCUGCUGUGCAUGAAUCCUACUGGCUGGGAGGCUGGGGUUGUGGAUCAGAGACUGCUAGCAAGUCAUGCUCAGAGAGUUUGCUGGCAGCUUAUGCUGAAUAUGAGCACAAUUAUGGACGCUCUGUGGAAACACUGGCAGAGGCGUCUGCUCUGGUCUCGCAACAUUAUGAUCAAACUUUGCCGAAGGCAAAUGAAAGAGAGCAGAAGAAGCAGAAAGCUCCAGGUUUACAUGAACACAAAAAUGCAGUGACCACCACAGUCACCGUUUCACCCACUGCGUCACUCAGCCCCCUGCGGUCAGGUCAGGUGGCUGAGCCCCAAACAAGACGACUUAAAGAUGAGGAGCUGGUGGGCUAUAAAAGCUACAGCCCCUCUUUUUACCACAAAGAGGGACAUCUCCUCCAGCAGGCUCACUCCUUUAGAGAGCCCAGCUACAGUGCCCCUUACCUCACCUGGGGGCCUGGCACUAGAAGAGACAUUGAUGGGGGCACAUUGUCCCAUCUCCAAUCCACUCCCAUCCCGUUGGCUUUAGAGGAGAAGACGGACCAACUAAGGGAGGACAGGGAGCUCAUCUCCUCUGUGUCCCCACCUCAGGAGGUGGUCCUACGGCAAAGGCCCCAUUUUACCCGACAGAUGCCCGUUGAGGCUGACUCCACACCCACUGAAUCUCCGGAACCAUCUGGCUGGACUCCUGCCACCAGAACAAUUCCUAUCCCUAAAGAAAUGGGGCCCAGCCGUAGUGUUAAUGGUAGCCUGGCCCAUGCUUUUAAUUCCCUCUCGUCCAUUCCUUUCAUAGAUGAUCCUGUCAGUCCCAGUGUUGACCACCAGACCUACUGUGUACCAGCUCACUCUGUUGUGUCAGGCAACCAAGUCUCCACUGCAGCCAGCAUCACCUUCACCUCUGUGCCCCCCCCACCCUCCGCAUCCCCCCCUGUCCGACUUCGCUCUCAGGACCUCAGAAGCAUUAAAGGUCGCCGCUCUUCCUACUUGUUGGCCAUCACCACUGAGCGAUCCAAGUCCUGCGACGAGGGACUCAACACCUAUAGGGACGAAAGACGUGUCUUCUCUAAAUUACCAAAAAGAGUCAAGAGCUUUUUCACUGAUGGGUCUUUGGACAGUCUGCGACCCCAGGAGGACGUUCGGUCCAAGCGCCACUCCACAUCAGAGCUGGGUACCAUAACCUUCAGUGAUGUUCGCAAGGAGGGCUGGCUGCACUACAAACAGAUCCUCACUGAGAAGGGAAAGAAGGUAGGAGGCAGCAUGCGGCCUUGGAAACGUGCCUUUAGUGUGCUCCGCCACCACUCGCUCUUCCUCUACAAAGACAAGCGGGAAGCUGUGCUGCACGGUGCAGGGGCAGGGAGCAGCCAGGACGAACAUCCACCGGUCAAUAUCCGAGGCUGCCUAAUCGACAUUGCCUACAGUGAAACCAAACGAAAGCACACCCUGAGGCUGACCACGCAGGACUUCUGUGAGUUUCUGCUGCAGGCUGAAGACCGGGACGACAUGCUGGCAUGGAUCAGGGUCAUCAGAGAGAACAGCAAAACAGAUAAUGAGGAGAUUGGGUUCUCGAGACAAGCUCUCAUCAACAAGAAGCUGAAUGACUACAGGAAACACAGGUCAGCGUGCCUGACGGGUAACAAGUCGGAUUCGUCCCCCAGAGCCCAUCGUAUGGUGCCUGACUUCUUCCUGGCCAAAACUGACAACACGUCAGUGAACCGAACCUCUAAAGCUGAUGACAACAAGGCACUAUGGGGUAUCAACCUCAUGAAGAAAACAAAGAAAACGGGCUGUCCCAAAGCCUUCGGAGUUAGACUAGAGGACUGUCAGCCUGCUGCUAACUAUAAAUUUGUCCCUCUUAUUGUUGAGAUGUGCUGCGGUGUGGUGGAGGCCACGGGUUUGGAGUACACUGGGAUCUAUCGUGUGCCAGGAAACAAUGCCAUGGUGUCAAGUCUGCAGGAGCACCUCAACAAGGGCAUGGACAUCAACACUGCUGAGGAGAGGUGGCAAGAUCUCAACGUCAUCAGCAGUCUACUUAAAGCAUUCUUUAGAAAACUGCCGGAGCCUCUGUUCACUGAUGACAAAUAUAGCGACUUCAUUGAUGCCAACCGGAUAGAAAAUGCAGAAGACAGAUUAAAGACAAUGAAGAAACUGAUCCAUGACCUCCCAGAUUAUUAUUACCACACCCUCAAGUUCCUGGUGGGUCACCUGAAGAGGAUAGCAGACCACUCUGAGAAGAACAAGAUGGAGCCAAGAAACCUAGCUCUGGUGUUUGGUCCCACUCUGGUGAGGACAUCAGAAGACAAUAUGACUGACAUGGUCACCCACAUGCCUGACCGUUACAAAAUAGUGGAGACACUUAUCCUUUAUCAUAACUGGUUCUUCAGUGAUGGAGAGCUGGAUCAGGAGGAGAAAGCCCCUGAGGAUAAGGGGGAUUUACAACCAGUCCCUAACAUCGAUCAUCUUCUGUCAAACAUCGGCAGGCCGGGUAUGCCUGGGGAGGCAUCAGAUUCCACCACCAGCGAUUCAGUUAAACUGAAGAUUUAUUCCAGCUCCAAGAAAGACCUAAAUGCCAAGGACUUCCUUCCCAAGUCCAUCAUCUCUGCUGUGACCCGCAAACGCAAGAAAUGCCUCAGCAUCCAUCUACCAGUCAGCAGCGGCGACGAGGACUCUGAGCAUGAGGCAGUGAAGAACACAGACUACACAGAGGUGGUGGGAGGAGGAACGCAGGAGGCAGCUCAAGGGGAACACACCUGUUCAAAGAAAGAGAAGAGACAAGGAGAGGAACAUGUGGUGGCAUCUGCAGAGGGAACAGGAGGAAAGGAAGAGAUAGAAAAGGCUGUGAGGAAGGGAGUAGACAGAGAGAUCAGGCAGAGAAGCAGUUUACUCUGUUCUCCUCAGCAGAGCCAUGCCACAUACCCCAAACCCCCAGCAGCAAUAGGCCAACCAUCACAUGUGAAGAUUCAGAGUGAGGCCAAAGAACGCCCCAACAUUCCCUUCUGGAUCUCUCCCAGCCGGCCUCCCAUCCCGCAAGCAUCCAGCUACCACAGCUCCCAACAGGCAGACCGAAGCCGGGCAAUUCCAGUCUGCUGCAGGAAAACCGGAGGUGGCUGGACGAGGGCAACCUCCAUUAAUCUGGAGUUGGAGCUAGACCGGUGCAAGGAAAAAGUUAGAGAUCAGAGGCCAGAGCUUGUCCGAACUGGUGAAGUACUAGUGGCACAGUGUGGAAAUAUUCAGCAGGGAUCAGUUGUAGAUACAGGAUCAACUCAUCAGAUAGAUCCCCUCCCUACCUUCCCUUCUCCUUCAAGAUGGAUAGAUCAGAGCUCCUCCUCUGUGGUGUUAAGAAGAUCAGCUAAAGGUUCUCAAGCCAAGACAAGAGCAUGGCGCCGCCACACUGUGGUCAUUUAAGAUAACUUUUAAUUCUACUAAAGCAGAAGCGAAAAACCUAAAGUUUACUCACCAACAUUUGCUCAACAAUUUGUCUGUUAAACUAGGACGCUGCACCCUCUUUACACUCUACAGAUCUUAUGCAUAAAUAAUCCAGACUUUUGCCAGCUGUUGAUAUAACCCAAGAACACAAUAUGUCUUUUUUUAUUUAACAAAAACUAAACCAAAAUGCUAAAAAUGUGCGGAAAACAAAGUCUAUCCUCACUCCUUUCAUAAAAGUGGGUGGGGGGGGGGGAAUCAGAUGCAUUGAUGAACUGUUCAUCAGUGGAGUCAACAGUUCUCUAAAGCAGGAGUUUGAUAGUUUGUUGCUUUGGAGGAUUCAGGUGAGUUGAUGCAAGGCAAAGUGAAAAGAGAUCAGAAAUGAUGUUAGUCAUUCUUUCUGCUCCUCAAUCUGGGAAACUUUACAGUGGAGGAAAUCAUUUGACCCUUGCUCAUAAUUAGAAUGUGAUUCAAAAGAAAUGAAUAAAACACUAGUAUUAUUUUAAUAUAGAGGGACAGAAGAUAAUUCUCCAUUCCAACCUUCUCUCCAACAUGGGACUGGCCAAAAAGCUUUCAAAGGAUGACAGUGACAAGAUGGUAAAUCAUAAGAUAGAUGAAAGGUCAGUGAGGAGGCAACAGAAAUACAGUCAUGCUUCGUUGGGAGCUCCAUGUAAGAUCUUGUCUUAGAUGAAGAUGGUCAUGGAAACUGUUAGGAUCCAGCCUAAAACAUCAGGAUAUAUAAAUAAACUUGACUUGACUUGACUAGGAGAGGAGUAUGUUGAUGAUCUAAAGGGAGUUAGAACUACAAGCAUCAAGAAAAUACUUGGUGCCACAGUAAAGGAUUCAAGUCUAUGGUCAACUGAGCUAUUUUAUAUUAAUUUGUUGUCAAGUAUGAUCUGACCAACACCAUCCACAACUUCAAGCACCGAGGUGGAAACAUCAUGCUCUGUAGCUGCUUUUCUUCCAAGGUUACAGGCCAGCUUCAUUGGUUUUGAGGUUCUCCUGCAGGGCUCGUUACUAUAAGUUCUGGACACAAUCUUUGCUCAGCCAAAAUACUGUAAAUUGGUCAUGGAGGGCCAUGAUAAUGACCCAAAAACAGACAACAUGGGACAAGUAAAGGACAUAGAGUGGGCUGACUAGUCUCCAGACCUCAAAACUGCAGAACAUCCAUGAAGGAAGCUGAAGCUUUGAGAUUUACAGGGUUUCUGUAAAGAGGAGCGAGCCCAAAUUUUCAGAGCAGCCGGAGGAUACACCUGAUCUCUGUGCCUGCCAACACAGGGGUUUCUGUCAAUCAUCAGGUCAUAGAAGAUUUAUGGUUGAAGCUUCUCUCUCCACAGGAAAACAAGAGCACCCUAAAAAGAAAUACAUUCAUUUCUUUGGAAAUACCUUAUAAAAUCAGCACAGGAUCUAAUAAUUACAUUCCUCACUGUAUUCAGCAGAUCAUUCUGCAGUGAUGAGGAGAGUGAGGGCUCAAAGUCCUAGCAACCUCACCUGGAGCACAGACCAUGUCAUGUAAAAUAAAAAUAAAACCAGGAGCCAAAUCCUACAAGGUGCUGAUAAAUCAUUGUGUGGGCCUGUAGGCAAACUUCAAAUCUGGAUGGGUGCAUGAAGCUUUUACAUGGAAAAUUUAAAACCUUCCAAAUCUGCCAAAUGUCCCUUGCAUGUGUCUGUGUGCAGGGCCAGAGUGUUUGUCACUAGUGUUGAAGGCAGCUAUCUGUACAAGGUUUGCCAAAUCUCCUCAGUGUUUACCCCUUCCACUCCACUCCAUGUGAACCAUGUUAGUGUCAGGAGAGAGCUGAUGCACAUAGGUUAUGAACAGCUGAAAGGAACUUCUAUGUGUUUAAACCCACAAUUUCUGACCCAAAAGAUGGUUUUCCAAGUUCUGGGCUUCCAGUCCAUAGCUUUAGUUUUAUAAAAAUUAAGUGGAUCUGACCCAAACCUUACUGCCAAUCACUUUAAGCCAGGCAGACUCCAGCUCUGUGCCCUUUAGCAUGUCCUAUGUAUGUGGGUGAUUGUGCAGAGACCUAUUUUGUAACUGUUGUAUAAAUCCUUGCUAACCUUUGUAUAUAAACAUAUAUAAUUUAUUAAAUUAUUUGUUUUGAAA